GGUACCAAAAGGGAGAUAAUCUCAAAACUGUUACGUGAUGGCUUCAUCAGGGAUAAAGAAGGAGGAGAGCACCACCAAACCUGGAGAAGAAGAAUUUGGGUACCUUCCGCCUCCUCGAGAACUACUGUAUCGCGAAGAGGGUGUUAAAGAAAAGCUUUUGAGGAAGACAAAAGAAAACCCUUUUGUGCCAAUUGGUGUGCUUGUGACAACUUUCGCUCUGAGUUAUGGACUGUGGCAAAUGAAGACUGGCAACAAAAGGAUGUCACAGAAUAUGAUGCGUCUUCGAAUUGUUGGCCAAGGUUUCACCGUAAUGGCCGUUUUAGCAGGUGUUGCGUAUGGAGCAUCUGGCACGAAGCCCAGUAAUUAACAACAACAACAACAACAACAACAACAAAAAAUGACCCUUUCGGAACAACACAGUACUCUAAAAUGGUAUUCUUUGUACAUGUUGGAUUUAUUUCUUGCUCUGAGCAAGAGUUAUAUCUGUUAACAGGAAACAGGAAGUUCACAUCAAUUUGACCUGUUUACAGAUCAUAAGAUCACAGAAGCAGAGUGAGCACGCAUAGUUAGUAGGGCAAUCGUUUAAUUUGAUUGAAAUUGUUUGGUACCAAAUAACAUUAUCUUCAGAAAUGUUCUAUAUGUGGAUAGAUAUAACUUUCAAAUAUAUUUGUUAGUAUGAAACUGUACUAAGUAUCAAAAUUUUAAAUGACAUUUUGUCAUCCUUAAACUUUUUGUGAUCUAAAAGUACUUUUCAUAUGCAAACUGUUGUUUUUUAGUAUGGGCUGCACAUCUACAUUUCAUUUACAUUGAGUUUGAUAAAGCAGUAUGAACAUAAUAGAAAUGAACAUAAAUGUUUUUACUCUUAAACAUUAUCAGAUAUAUUAGAGUUAACCAAAAAAAAAAAAAAUGUAUAAUAGAGAAUUGUUGUCGACUCUCUUGUCCGAAAACAUAUCUGUUAACAUAUUAGGUUACAUUAAAAGUAUUCUUGUUACAAAUGUAAAAUAUUUAUGCAGUAUACAAGCCUCUUAGCAAGUAAGAAUUAGAAUAUUAUUGAUGUAUUAAUUAAAAGACAUACAACUUGUUAUAAAGACUAAGGAGGGAUUAACAUUUUUGGGAGAGGGGGUUGUAUCCUUGUAGUAUGGUACAUAAUAUUCAAAAACAGUAUAAUUAAAACUGCAUUAAUAAAUGUAGGUUAUAAAUCUGUUGCUUAUGAAAUGCUUGAGGGAACAGUUAUGCAAUUAUUUCAACUUUUUUAAUCCUGUGUUUAUUGUAGAGUGAGCUGACCAGAUGUGUUCUCUUCCCACUCUGAUAUGCUUGGAAUUCACAUGUUGUGAAAUGUGCAAUGGUCAUGAAAGAGAGGAGGAGCGUGCAUGUGUGUGUAUGUAUAUAUAUGUAAACUAUGUGUAGAAGAGAGCACAGAAUUGAUCAUCAUAAAGAGAAGAAAAAUGUGUCUCCAAAUAUAUUUAUUUUAGAAUUGAUGAAAAAUCUAUUAUUCACCAGAGGAAAUGGAGAUCUGUUGUCUGAAAAAGUCUGCUAACAUAUUAAGUCGCAUUAGAAGUAUUGGGUAACUUCAGAAGAGAGUUCAUAUUUGUUUUUUGUUAGCAUUUGAAAUGCACUAGAAUGUCCUUCCUUAUGAUAUAAAAGCUACAAUAAAAACAGUAAAGUAUAAAGAGUGUCACUGUUGUAAUCUUAACGUGUACUUUUGAUUAAUUUUAAACAUUGUGUGCACACACAGGCAUGUUUGGUUGCCAUGGUGGAGGGAAAGGAUUAAAUGUGAUUUCUUGACAA